CUUUAUUAGGAAGUGUUAUAAUAUCUGCAUGGACCAAAUAGUUCCACUGAUUCUUACGGCAGCCAUCGACGCUUUCUGGUCAAUCAUGGGAAAACGGCAUUCGAAGCCGGUGGAUUAUGCCGCCAUUACGGCCCCGCUGGUCGCGCAAAUGAACCAGCACCGACAGGAAUACCAAGCGCAGCGGCUACGCGAUGAUGCGCUCUUCCAUCAGCGCCUCAACGACCUGCAGAACUCAAACGCGGCGGAGCGCGACAGCCUGCUGAAGAAUUUCCGCCUGGAGCAGGAAGUGUGGGACGGUAAAUGGCAAGCUGAAAAGCAGCGCUACGAAUCACAACUGGAGGAACUGACGCAGACAAUGGAGAGCAAUCAGGUGCAGCUGCAAAAGGUCAUCGCUGAACUGCAGCUCCCCAUUAAAGAGCGCGAAGAGAGAAUUGCCUAUGUCAACAGUCGAAAGCUGCCGAUCCGGCAGACGGAAUCCGUGCUACUGUUAGGUAUGAAAGGCUUGGGCAAAAGCACCUUCUUGUGGUUGCUGAACAAAGGACCCAAGCCGAAACCGUCACGCUCAGACGGCACGGUGGAGAUCCUGCAUGUGGACGGGUUCGUGGACUCCAUUGGACUGCGCGGAUGGGGCCCGGAGGAACUGCUGAAACUGCUGGUCUUGAUGAUCUACGACGGGAUCCCCAAGGAUCUUAUCGUCUUCGGCAACGACCGCAUCCAGCUGCCCAUUAUGUCGCUGGGCCUGCUGGGCGUUAACAAUCCCAUGAUCGUCAUGAUGUCCAGUGAGUUUUGGAGGAACCUUGAGCCGGAGGAUGAGGAUGACCAGCCGAUUCACUUGGUGGAGGACGCCAAGGGGGUGCGGCGCGUGGAACCCGAAAAGGAUUUGCGCCGCGUGUAUAAUAUGAAGGUGUACGCGGAAAUUAAGAAACACCAACUGGGUACCACGCCCAUCACCCACCACGAUGACUUGGAGUCGCUGGUGCGGACGCGGAAUGACGCAGGGAUUCGGCCGUUCCAGUUCCUUAUGGACGGACUGGGUCAGCAGUUCCAUGUGGAAAAGGAGAACGACCACUACAUGGAGGCGCUCUUUCGCUUCAUUUACAUCUACGAGACAAAGUACAAGAGGGACCGACUCAAGUUCAUGAAUAACGCAACGCUGCAGGAGUUCAAAUAAAAGAUGACAGGUUGUUUCCCCUUUAUGUUUCUAAUUAAUUAAUGUCAUUUUACUGAAUCCAUAUUGCAGUCAUGCACCCACACAUUGUGCUUUGUCCAGCUGCUGUUAGCUGGUUACGAGAUAUAAACGUGCUUUGAUGAAACCGAGCUUCACGUUUUAUUUUGUCUUUCAUAAAUUAAUUCCCAAACGCCCAUACACAGUAAUUACAACGACGAUGACAUCGUAUAUAUUAAUGAAUGAUCGUUAUUUGAAGUCCUGCAGCGUGGCGUUA